AUGACAUCUGCCAGAGAUAUUCGCCCUCGCCAGGACGACCUGGCCGCUCAGGCUCAAUACCUGGCAACCUCGCCCUCUGCUUCCUUCCAUUCCCCCUCCAGCCAUGGCUCAGCGCUCACCCGGACGAUCCCGGUGCUGAAUGCGAAGCAUCUGAAGCCUUUUGCGACACAAGACAUCAAGGUUCUGCUCCUGGAGAACGUGAACGUGGCCGGUCGUGAAAUUCUGCAACAGCAGGGCUACCAGGUAGAAUUCCUCAAGUCUUCCCUACCAGAGGACCAACUCAUUGAGAAGAUUCGGGACGUCCACGUCAUCGGUAUCCGUUCCAAGACCAAGCUCACUGAGCGCGUCCUGAAGGAGGCCAAGAACCUGAUUGUGAUCGGCUGCUUCUGUAUCGGAACCAACCAGGUGGACCUGCAAUAUGCGGCUGAACAAGGUAUCGCCGUCUUCAAUUCGCCCUUCAGCAACUCCCGUAGUGUCGCCGAGCUGGUGAUCGGUGAGAUCAUUGCUCUUGCGCGACAGCUAGGUGACCGUUCCAACGAGAUGCACAAUGGAACUUGGAACAAAGUGAGCAACAAGUGCUGGGAGAUUCGUGGCAAGACAUUGGGUAUCAUUGGCUAUGGUCACAUCGGUGCCCAAUUGUCUGUCCUAGCCGAGGCCAUGGGCAUGUCCGUCAUCUUUUAUGAUGUGCUUAACCUGAUGUCUCUCGGUACGGCCCGCCAGGUCGAAACCCUGGACCAACUGAUGGCCCAGGCCGAUUUCAUUACUUGCCAUGUGCCUGAACUUGCUGAGACCAAGGGCAUGAUUGGCAAACCGCAAUUCGAGAAGAUGAAGACUGGCAGCUACCUGAUCAAUGCCAGUCGUGGAACCGUUGUCGACAUCCCUGCCCUCAUCGAUGCUAUGCGCAGCGGCCGAGUUGCCGGUGCCGCGCUGGAUGUGUACCCGAAUGAGCCUGCCGGGAAUGGCGACUAUUUCAACAAUGAACUGAAUGAAUGGGGAACUGAUCUGCGUUCCCUGAAGAAUCUGAUCCUGACUCCCCACAUUGGAGGAAGCACCGAGGAGGCCCAGAGUGCCAUUGGUGUGGAAGUGGCUCAGGCGCUGACCCGAUACGUCAACGAAGGCACCACUCUGGGUGCUGUUAACCUGCCUGAGGUCACCCUCCGUUCUCUGACGAUGGAUGAGCCAAACCACGCUCGGGUCAUCUAUAUCCACAAGAACAUUCCUGGUGUGCUGCGAAAAGUGAACGAAGUCAUUGGUGACCACAAUGUCGACAAGCAAAUGACCGAUAGCAGGGGCGAUGUUGCUUACCUGAUGGCUGAUAUCAGCAACGUGAGUGCUGCUGUCAUCAAGGACUUGUAUGAGAGACUUGAAUCUCUCAACUCCCGAAUUAUGACCCGAAUUCUGUACUAA